AUGGAUUUAGAACAUCUCUUCCAAGAUGAAUUGGAUUUCGAACUGGCAGUGAGAACAGUGCAAGGGCUAAGAGGAAAGGACCGCCACUGGAAAACGGCACGAUUAAUUCAACUUUUGAACAAGGAAAACAGCGGAGAACUCGAGGUACCAAAAUCCUCUAUACACGUUCUAUCUGAUGCAGAUAAUAUAUACCAGUGUCAAGCGAAGCUUCCACCAAUCAAUCAUGCUUUAGAAGCGGCUUUUCGGAAGAGUGAGAAGGAGCAAGUAAUAAUAUGUAGAUCCCGCUUACUGCACUACAAAUUCCGUUUUUCCCUAAUAACGGAUUCGAUGCUAACCGAAAACGGUAAUAAGACGAUGCUGAAAAUCAAUACAACUUUGCACAAUAUAGAAGAAUUUCUCAAUUUGGUGAGUCAGAGUCAACACGACGGGCAGAUAGAUCACAAUCCAGAAGGAGUUCCGGGAGAUCCAGAGAUGCGACAAAGACUCAAAAUAUCGCAACUUCAGUCGAGUAUAUUGGAGACCUCUCAACAGCAGCACCAAUCAGAGCAGGAUCCUCAGCAACAGCAGUCUCUUACAUCGAACAACCAAAUAACACAAGAAACGCCAUUAGGACAAGAGAUUCAAACUCAACAACGGCGGGCAAGUCAGCAGUCAAUCCAACAACAACAAGAGCAGCGACGUCCAGAACAAGAGCAGCAGCUUCAACAACUGCGGCGAGACCAGCAGAUCCAACAACUGUUGAAUCAGAUGCAACUGCAACAACAACACUUAGAACAACAGUUACGCCAUGAGCAGAACCAACGCCUACAGAUGGAAUCGCAGCUUCAAGAAGAUGAUUCCGUACGGUUCCGGAGAUCAUUUAGCGCGGAUAUCCAACAACCAAUUACAAAUAGGUUCUCCCAACCAGUACAUAAAUGGCCUUUCGAAUACGCAGGUCAAUCAAAUAUCAUUCAAUUAGGUGAAUUCCUUAAUCAAGUGUACACUUACGCCGAUACGGAAGGCAUUGAUGAACAAUCCCUGCUUCGUUCAAUUAAACACUUACUUAAGGGCCGAGCGCUACUCUGGUAUACACGCUCCUAUCUUCACCUUACUAGUUGGGAAGUAUUCAAAGGGGAGAUCAAGCAAGAAUUUCUACCACCGAAUUAUUCCGAGAUAAUUAAACAAGAUUUGUAUUUACGCUUUCAAGGUCCAAACGAAUCUUUCACAACGUUCUAUCGAGAUCUUCUAGCUGCCUUUGAGAUUGUAGAACCAGCAAUGUCAGAAUCAGAGAAAUUGUCCAUCGUAAAUUCUCAUCUAAAUGCAGACUACAUUCCAAUAGCCACAGCUUCCCGUAAAACUACUAUCAAAGAAUUAGUCGCGGCUUGCAAAGAAUUCGAAGUGUCACGGUUAUACUCGGUCAGAGGUAGAGCUUCUACUAUUCCUCGUAUACCUUGGAGCAGAUCUGAACAUGCAUCCUUCCAACGUCCACCAACAAACAGGUCAGAGAAUUUUGGUCGAUCCUCAUUUGGUAAGCAACAAUUCAACAGAGAACUGUAGUAACAAGCUAACGCAGUUGAAUUAAUCACAAAAGAAGAGGAUUGGAACCAACUUGACAUUCGAGAAAGAGAAGCUUUUCAACAGAACACCGCAUUACAAUAUGAGACAGCUGCCAAUGCAACGGAAGAAGUGAACGCAGUUCGCCUGCAAAAUAACUGGAGAGAGCGACAAAAUGUAAAUUCUGCGGAACCAAACAACGGAGAACAACCUAGAAGGGACCAAAGAUCAAUCAUCAUCUGUUGGCAGUGUGAAAAGCCAGAUCACACGUAUCCAAACUGUCCCAACCAGAAACAGUUCCUCUUUUGCUACAGUUGUGGGAAAAAGGGAAGUACCACUCGUAACUGCGAAAAUUGCAUUGCAAGAUGGAUGCAGCUGGACUCGGCAAAUGCUUCACAGCAGUCGGGAAACCGCAGGUGGGAGACUCAAUAA